CCCCCCUGUAUCUUCACCGUCACAACAUGAUUUCGUUCCUCGACCCUGCAUCUUCGAUUAGCAGCUGAAUCUGCUGUUUCCAACGCAAUGUCGCGGGCGGCGGCACCUGCGCUGCUCGGGAUCACCAGAAUUGCUAGCUUUCUCACCUGUUUGCUGGUCGCCUUGGCUUCCGGCACAAACUAUGUAUUCUCCGCGUACGGCCCUCAGCUUGGCGCCCGCCUUGGCCUCUCACAUAUACAAUUGAAUAUCAUCGGUUUGUCUGGAAAUAUCGGUGUGUAUGGAUCGGCACCUAUAUGGGGCAGGAUUGCGGACACUCGUGGGCCACGUAGUCUGCUCGUCAUGGCGUUCUUUGCGCUAGCGAUAGGCUAUACGGGGAUUCGCUACUUCUUCGACAAGGGUCUGCCGGAGAACUCGUCGAGCCUCAGCCUUUUCGGCAUCUGUAUGCUCGUCUUCUUCGGGUUCCUAACAGGCCUCGGCGGAAAUGGCGGACUGGUAACCGCGAUGAACGCGACCGCAAAGAGCUGGCCUGACCGCGCUAGAGCGACGAUGAACGGCAUCGUGAUCUCGGGAUUUGGCCUCUCCGCCUUCCUCUUCUCGACUCUCGCGCACCUAUUCUUCCCAGGCAACACGUCCGACUUCCUCCUCGUGCUCGCCAUCGGGACCUCGCUGCCCAUGAUUCUUGGCUUCUUCCUCAUCCGGCCCAUCCCGCUCUCUCACUCCGAGCUGAGCCACUCUCCGGAAGACGAGGCCAUAGAGGAGGUGUUCGACGCCGAGGCGGGCAUCAUUCCGCCCAUGUACCAUGAUAACAAUAGUCAGACACACCUUCUCUCGCCGCAUGUGCACCACCAUGUCGAUGACGACGAGCUGGCGGACCCACCGCUGGACGAUGCGGACGCGCAUUUGCACCCAGCACAUGCGGGCCAUCUGCCGCGCAGUGCAGUCGUGUCGGAUUACUUCGUCCCAUCUAUGGGAGAGUCAGUUGCAAUGAGUCCGACGCGUGAGUCUGGCAGGCAACGAUCACGGAGUGCAUUCUCAGUGUCGCGUCCGAGUGCGCGGAAUGUGGUACUGGGUCCCGACAUGACGCAUACGGAGGCCCCAAACGUCUCUGGCAAGAGCCUUUUUGCUGACAGAGACUUUUGGAUCCUAUUUGCCAUCACUGCCUUGUUAAGCGGAACUGGCUUGAUGUAUAUCAACAACGUAGGCUCGAUAUCACAAGCCCUCUUCGCCCAGGGCAAUCCGGACUACAAUGAAGCAAAAUCCGCUCAAUGGCAAGCCGCCCAAGUCUCCAUCAUCAGCAUCAUGAACUGCAUAGGACGCAUCAGUAUCGGCGUGUUGGCGGACUUUACGAAGAGCGUCCUCCGCCUGCCGCGUUCCUUCUGCAUGACGCUCGUCGCGACACUCUUUGUCACCUCGCAGGUCAUCUGCUACCACGUCGAGUCAGUGGGCCAGUUGUGGAGGGCAAGCGCUCUGCUGGGCUUCGCGUACGGCGGCAUGUUCGGCCUGUUCCCCACAAUUACCAUCGAGUGGUUCGGGCUGCCACACUUCUCGGAAAAUUGGGGCUUUGUGUCGCUCUCGCCGGUGCUUGGCAGCAACGUUUUCUCAAUCGCGUUUGGGCGCAACCUUGACGCGCACGCACCAGGACACUCUACCUCAGUUCCCGUCCCUCGAGCUGGCCUGCCAUCGUCGACUCAGUGUCUCGAAGGCCGCUCUUGCUAUACGGACAGUCUCAAGCUGACAAUUGGUGCCUGCUCCGUAGCCUUGGCACUAGCGCUCUACGCCGGAUGGCGGGACCGGCGACGGCAACUAAGAAUAGCGCAGCAGAGCGCCGAGGCUGUGCCGGAACUUGUGUUGGAGGAGGAUGAGGAGGACUAUAGAGAGGUUUUGUCGCAGUGAUUUUGCACGUGUAUGAGUUUGACCUUUCAUAGUUACGGAUUAGACGAAUCGUGACAUUCGAGCCACGCGUGUGGUAGGAGUCUGAUGUCUCUCAGGGACCGAUGUGCCCGAUAGUUGGCGCAGCACGGUGUUCACAGAAUGCGCGUGCGAUCAAGCAGGCACGAGACUGUAAGGUUCGAGCUAUACGCCCUAGAGCAUCAACAGUUCUGGCCCUCUGACCCCUCAAUGAAUCCUAUAUCCGCCUACGUGCGUGGACACCCUGUGCUAGCCUGAAUCGUUUCGUACACAAAAUGCAUAUGACAGCCUAAGCGUGGCCAUCGC